AUGGCGGUCACCACCCGCAAAGUAUUCACAAAAGCGCCCGCCCAGUCUGUUGAACUGACACUCAAGGGUCAUAAGGAACGUGUGCGCGAAGUAGCUUUCAUCCUCGGUACCCGUCUCCUCGUCACUGGCUCGGCCGACAAUAGUCUUCGGGUGUGGGAUCUGGACACGGGGAAACAAGUGGGAAAGCCCUUGUUGGGACACGAUGCCGAAGUCUGGGCGGUCUCGGCGUCCCCUGAUGGACGUUGGAUAGCGAGUGGAGGAAGGAAUGGAAGCAUCUUGGUGUGGGAGGUUGUGACAAACAAGAGAGAGCUCAAAAGAGUGCCCGUCUCGUUUAAGGGCCAUGAGAAUCAGGUUCUUGACAUCGUAUUUGCACCGGACAACAAGACAUUUGCAAGUGCAUCAUGGGACAAAACGGUAUGCGUGUGGAAGAGGGAGACGGGCAAAAUAGUCCUCGGACCGCUCAAAGUGGGCAACAUAGCAAACUCGGUGUCGUACUCCCGGGCUGGGACAAAACUAGCAGCAGGCACAGAUAAGCACAUCAUCAUUUGGAAUUCAGGAAGUGGAGAAGAGUUGCUGAAAAUAGAACAGCGGGCAUGGCGAGUCGCAUUCACUCCAGAUGGUCUCCGUCUCGUCAGUGGAAACCAGAAUGACAUCCGAAUAUCAGAUGCUACCACCGGAGAUAUCAUCAAACAAUUCGACGCGCACACCGAAUUCUUUUUAUCACUAGCCAUUGCUCCCAAUGGCACCAAAUUCGCCACCACGUCACACGACAAGACGACGCGGUUCUUUGACCUGACCACUUUCGAACCCAUCGGCGAGCCACUCGAGCACCCUGAUCUAGUCUGGUGUGUGGUAUUUUCCGAGGACAGCAAACUCAUCGCGACUGGCUGUUGGGACGGACAUGUUCGCACAUGGACAGUUCCUCUGAGCGAGUCAGAGAAGGAGCUUCAACAGUCCACUCAGAAAAUUCUCAAUAAAACCAUCCCAGAUCCACGGCCUCGCCCAAAACGCGCUCCAAUACCGACUAAUAGAUUCUUCGAUGAUUUUGAUCCAACUGAGCGCAACAAUCGCGCCGGCACUACGCGCAACGCCAAAGGUUUCAAAAUCAAAAACAUGGCAGAUCGUAUCUUUUCUCGUUCCUCCGCUUCCCAGGACCCAACUCCUCGCCCACGCGAGAUUCCUCUUGUGAACGUCUCUGCAACACGAGGCAAAUAUCGCACCGCUAAUGCCCACAGUGGAAACAGGAAUAGGUUGUUGAAGGCACAACGUCCUCCUCGCAACUGGCAAGGUCACGCUGGUGCCUCAAGCAGCAGCACGCCACCAGCGGGCACAUCCAAUGUGGUCAAUGAAACUGCGCCAGCAACGUUGCAGACUGGAAAUGCCAACGCUUCUGCUACCACUAACCACCCUUCUCCGUUGGACAUUGAACAUGUUCCAGGCAUUAGCUGCUUUGCAAUUCUUACAAGGAACGCUGGCCCUGAAAUUGGGGCAAGUACGACACCCGACUUGAAGAGCUUGGUGCCACUGAGAGAUGAGGACAUGGAAGCACCUAUUGAGGAGCGAGGUUCUUCUGGAGGAUGUUUCCUCCCGACCAAGGUUUUGGCAGAGGAACACCAGGAUGCCCGGGGCGAGGGGGUCCACAUUAUUGUGAAGACGUUCGAGAGCAGUGACGCCAUUCUACACACGCGCGAGUGUCUGCUCCCCCACUCGAAGCUCCUGCUGACCGACAAAUUGAGCAAGAUUGAAUAUCGAAUGGCGGCCACCACUCAGAAAGACGGUCACAGGACAUCCACCCCACCAACUCAAGAGGAAACAUCUCAGCCCACGCUCACGCUUGUGGGUCAUGAAGAAUGGGUGUCCGGCGUAGUUUUCAUCCCUCGUACGAACCUCCUCGUCACUAGCUCCGCCGACAAGACUCUUCGGGUGUGGAAUCUGGACACAGGGAAACAAGUGGGAGAUCCCUUGUUGGAUCACGAUUGCGCAGUCUGGAAGGUCGCAGCGUCCCCCGAUGGACGUUGGAUUGUAAGUGGAGGAUGGAAUGGAAGUAUCCUGCUCUGGGAAAUUGCAACAGACAAGACAGAUCUCAAGAGAGAGCCUGUCUCGUUCAAGGGUCAUAAAAUUCUGCUUCGGGGCCUUGCAUUUGCACCAGACAGCGAGACAUUUGCAAGUGCAUCGAAUGACUUGACGGUAUGCGUUUGGAAGAGGGAGACGGGACAAAUAGUUGUCGGGCCACUCCGACUGGGGGAGCUGCCAAACUCGGUCUCGUACUCUCAGGAUGGAAAAAACCUAGCAGUAGGCACCGACAAACACAUCAUCGUUUGGAACGCGACGAAUGGAGAAGAACUGCUCAAGAUACAAGAGCGGGCGUACAGAGUCGCAUUCACUCCAGAUAGUCUCUGUCUCAUUAGUGGGGAUUGGAAUAACAUUCGAAUCACAGAUGUUGCCACUGGAGACAUAAUAAAACAGUUCGACGCGCACAACAAACCCUGUCAAUCAUUAGCCAUUGCUCCCAAUGGCAGCAAAUUUGCGACCACUUCAACCGACGAGACCACCCGGUUCUUUGACAUGAAUACAUUCGAACCUAUCGGCGAGCCACUCGAGCACCCUGAUGUCGUCUUGUGUGUGGCAUUUUCCGAGGACAGCCAGCUCAUUGCUACUGGCUGUGAGGACAAACUCGUUCGCACAUGGACAGUUCCUCUGAGUGAGUCAGAGAAAGAGCUCGAAGAAUCCACUGAGAAAAUUCUCCAGAAAACCAUCCCACGUCAACAGCCAAGAUGUGCUCCAAUACCUACUAGUAGAUUUUUUGAUGAUUUUGAUCCACAUCCUCCACCUGGACGUAACAAUCCUGCUGCUACCACUACAUGUCAUGCUGCCGUUGGAUGUUGA